CUCCAGCGCCGGGGACCCACUAGUUUAAAAACAAGCAUACGUACUGUGUGGUAAAUGUGGCUGGGUCCACGAUCUCGGCACAGACGCUAUGUGGCUGAUGCCGCUGGCCAGGAAAUUUUUGAGUCUCACGCCUCGACAUUUACUCGGCUCCCGGCGACUUUAGCCCGCGACGACCGGGCUCGUCCUACACCAGCUCAGCGCUGCGACUGCUCUUAAGAAGCGUCGUAUCUCGACCGGCAAUAUGUCAAAAGCACGAGCCGCAGCUGGCGGCGUGGAUCAGGUCGUUAAGAUCAUUGUCGGAGCUGGUCAAGCAAGCCCCAGUCCACCAGUUGGGCCGGCGCUCGGUAGCAAGGGCAUCAAGUCAAUGGACUUCUGCAAGGAGUUCAAUGCCAGAACACAGCACAUAAUUCCCGGCACCCCGAUGCCUGUCCGGGUGACCGUGAGGCCAGACAGGACGUUCCAUUUCGAGGUUCGGACACCGCAGACAUCGUGGCUUUUACUCAACGCCGCAGAAGCACCGAUAGGCAAAAAGGGUCAGAGGAAGGGAGCCAGUAAUCCGGGGAAGGAAACUGUGGGAACAGUCAGCCUCAAGCAUGUCUACGAAAUCGCCAAGAUCAAGCAGUCCGAGCUCCGACUUUCCGGCCUCUCCCUUGAAGGGCUCUGCAGGUCUAUCAUCUACCAGGCGAAAUCGAUCGGCAUUGCGGUUGUUCCCUGACGGAAUCGCUGGCAUCCAAUAUGGCUGGGAGGGUACGGCGUUACGGUUGUUUCUGAAGCGGUUCGGCCAGGGAGCAUCAUCCGAGAAUGCGAGGAUUAAGAGCUCCUUUCCAGAUCUGUACAUGUAUCUGUACAUAUAUCUGUAUCAUAACUGUGUCUGGCCGGGACAUCUGGCACCCCACCUAGCGUUCGCUUCUGCUCGUCCCUGUUCGAUCUACCGAUGGUUCUUUUACGUCGGGCCGGAUGUUCGGUCUUCUCUCGGGUUGUCUUGCGACGCUCCUGUGUCGAGAUAGCUUCCUGGAUGUUGCGAACGAUUCGCGAACCAUGCCGCGAAAGGGUGGUUCGUGCUUAUAUCGUUGCCGGGCCCGCGGCCCGGUCUUAGGUGGCAGCCGUUACGGCAGGCCGGGGCUUGGCUUGGCGGAGGGUUGCACGAUCCGUUGCAGCCGGGAUUGUGAGGAGUGCCGAGCCCCCGAGCCUGCAUC